AUGGCUUUCAAUCAAGAACUAGAAGCUAUAACCCAAGCUUUCUCAGGGCAUGGAGUGGAUGAGAAAUCAUUGGUAACAAUUCUGGGAAAGUGGGAUCCUACUGAGAGAGAAGGUUUCAGGAAGAAGACACCACAUUUGUUCACAGAGGAUCAUCAACGCCACUUUCAGAGGUGGGAUGAUCACUCUGUUCAUCUUCUCAAGCAUGAGUUUGUGCGUUUUAAGAAUGCUGUGGUGCUGUGGUCCAUGCACCCUUGGGAAAGAGAUGCCCGUUUAGUAAAAGAGGCCCUAAAGAAGGGCCAAAAUGCAUAUGGAAUUCUCAUUGAGGUUGCAUGCACCAGAUCCUCAGAAGAGCUAUUAGGAGCUAGGAAAGCCUAUCACUCCCUCUUUGAUCACUCCAUUGAAGAAGAUGUUGCCUCUCACAUCCAUGGCAUUGAAAGAAAGCUAUUGAUUGCCUUAUUAAGUGCCUAUAGAUAUGAAGGAUCAGUGGUCAAAGAUGCCAGUGCAAAAUCAGAGGCCAAAGUCCUCUACAAUGCCAUCAAGAAUGCUCAUAAGAAGCCUAUUAAUGAGGAUGAUGAAGUAAUAGGGAUAUUGGCAACAAGAAGCAAGUUACAUCUCCAAGCAGUUUAUAAGCACUACAAAGAGAUAUCUAGCAAGAACCUUGAUGAGGAUCUUGAUGAUUUAAGAUUUAAAGAGACUGUGCAAUGUCUCUGUAUCCCACAAAUAUAUUUCAGCAAGGUUUUGAAUGCAGCAUUGAGAAUUGAUGUGGAUAAGAAUAAUAAGAAAUCUCUGACUCGUGUCAUUGUUACUAGAGCUGACAUUGAUAUAAAGGAAAUAAAAGCAGAGUACCAAAACCUAUAUGGAGUUUCUUUACCCGAGAAAGUUGAGGAGAUUGCUAGAGGAAGCUAUAAGGAUUUCUUGUUAAAUUUGAUUGUUAGAGGAUGCUGA